CUUUCACACUUGAGCAAGCUUACAACAAUUUCGCUGAGACAUACUAAUUUCGAAGAUUUGUUUGUGCAAUAUAUUAUCUUAUAGGAUACUUUGUAGUAUUAUAGUUGUUAGUGAAAUUUCGAAAAAGAAAUAUAUACUAGACUUGUAUGCAAGAUUCACCUCCUAUAAUUUUCUCUCCCGUAUUUAUUUGGUGUUUAUUUCUGCUAUUUUGUGUCUUUAAAGGGCCAAAAAGUAGUUGAAUUAUCUCCAAGUACUACAUCUUCUUCAGAAAAGAAUUUCGUUUUCCACUUUUCCUUUUUUUUUUUCUGUUGGUAUUUAAAUUGAGUUUCAAAAGAAAGAAUAUAAAAAAUAAAUUCUAAUGAAUAAACAAAGUUGCGUCGUUUGCGUGGAAGGUCCAGCAAAAUACAAGUGCCCAAAAUGCUCUGCUCAUUAUUGUUCGCUUGCUUGUUACAAGCAACAUCAGCAACAAUGUUCAGCUACUUCGGACGGUAACUCUGAUACCGGUAAAGAGAGUAAAAAGCAAUAUAGCAUUCUUCCCCCAAAGCCAUCUCCUAAUGUUUUAUUCGUUAAUGGAAAAUAUCCCACCAUCGCAGAAGAAGCUCUUCCAACCAAAUCCCAAAUUGAUCAAGCUGUUGAUGAUCCCAAGGUGCAUAAAAUGCUCCAAGAAAAUCCUGAAAUAGCGGUUUCAAUGAGAAGACUCGUCGAACUUCAAAAGACGGAAACAGGUCCUGUCCCUCUACGGACAUUGGACGCUAUCCAACAAAACCGACUUCAUAAUCCAGACUUUGAACAGCUUGCUUCCUAUAUUCUUGACAAAUACUAUCACCAGGAGGAAAAUACUGGUUAACACCUUUCCCUAAAUGUUAUACAAGAGCUUUUUGGUUGGUUUUAAACGGGACAUCAUAAUCUGUAUAUUGUAGAUUAACAAGGAAAAAAGACAACAUGGAAUUGAAUUGUAUAAUAGUGUUUAAUAUCUACUUCUAAUAUUCGU